UUUAUUCUUUGGUUUUGUUCUAUUAUCUUGGCUUUGUUGUUGUUCCUGCGUUCAACGACAUGCAAAAAUAAAGUUAUAUUCUGGAACUUAUUACUCUCCCUCGAAAAUAAUUAUUAAUUAGCCUCAGUUGCUUUACAGUCAAAUGGCGGUGUGUUCCUUUAAAAAAGAACCUUGAUUGAUAUUCCACCUUGAGUUACCGUUAUUUAAUUGCAACGAAGUUGAAUUUUUUUUGGCAUGUCAGAAGUUGCGUAUCUUAAGUUGCGCCACAUGAAACUGUGAGUUCACACAUGCUACUGCAGCAUGCCACUAGCGUAGCGACACUGUUGUUGCGUAUGUGAAUCAGGAUAUGGAUUGUUCGCCUGAGUUAUUAUUUGUUUGAUUUUAGGUGAAAUCCACCUAUUAACCAGCUACUUUUGAUUACACUUAAGGUGCACUUUCUAGUUUUAUAGGUUACAUAAUCAGAUACAAUAAUAACAAAAUUGAAAUUAAAUGUCAUUUCCCAUAUUCGCGUCGUUACGCUGUUGACAGCACUGUUGGAAACCAAAAUGGCUACUGUUUAUUAUUGUUGAUCAGCUGGUGUUUGUGCAUGUGCCUUUAGAAAGAAAUGUGCGAAAUGUAUCGAGUGGUUACUGAAACGGGAAUUAAUACUUAGAAGCAUGGGGCACGAUUCCAGAUCUGUGUCGGCGAGCCCGCCUCGCGGAAAGAAGAAAUCGUCACCGAUUUAUGAAGGCAGGAAUGGCAAACAUAACCCUCAUGAGUCGAAAUCUCGAAGUCAUGGGAAUUCAUCGCCAUCACCGGAGCGAAAGAAGCAUAAAGAUGUUCGCAAAGAUCAGGACAGAAACCUCCACAAGCAUCUAAGUCGCGGAAGUGAAUCACAAAAGUCCAAGUCGGAAGUGAGAGAGCGAGAGAAGAGAAGUAGGCGCUCAAGAUCUCCGUCCAUGAAAAAGCCAUAUGACGUGAGCGCAAGAGAUUCGAUUUCAUCUCACAGGAACCGUAGUCGUAGUAGAGUGUCGAACAGGCAUUUUGACGAGAAACAAAGGGACGCGAAAUGGCAUCAGAAUGAUAGGCAUAGUUCCCGCAGAGAAUCGUCACAAAGUAGGUCUGUAAGAGACUCCCCAGCACAUUCUGUUGAACGGUGGAAUCACGAUUGGUUUUUUGAACGAAAUCUACCACAAAAUGGUCAAGGCUACCACGGUUACAGAGACCGACAUCGCAGGACUCAAGAAGAUGACUUUAUGGAUCAACGCAGACAAGAAAGAGAGAGAAUUGGCCUAGCUGGCGUUGCAAAUGUUUGGGGAAAGUCUCCACCUCCCGAACAAGACUCUGAUGAAGAAGAGGCAAUCUCUGGAGACGCAAAAAAGAAAGAUUCUGUUGCCAUUUCUUCUCCAAAGAAAAAGAAGAAACAUAAAAUGAAAGCCAAUAAGAAAAAGAAGAAGAGCAGCCACAAGAAAAAGAAGGAUAAAAAGCAGAAGAAAAAGAAGAAGAAGAAAGAAAGUUCCAGCAGUUCAUCAAGUUCUGAUGAUGAGGUAGCAGUGGAGCAGUGGGUUGAAAAGAAUAAAGUAGAUGGGUCAGGCAGUGAUGAUGAAGAUGGAAUGGUGGGCCCUGUACAGAAACAGCAUGUGACCCUGUCACAGAAAGAUUAUGGUAAAGCCUUGUUACCUGGAGAAGGAGCAGCCAUGGCUGCUUAUGUUGCUGAAGGCAAACGAAUACCUCGUAGAGGAGAAAUUGGUCUAACUUCUGAUCAGAUAGCUUCCUUUGAAGCUGUUGGCUAUGUAAUGAGUGGUAGCAGACAUCGACGUAUGGAAGCUGUGCGUAUACGUAAGGAGAAUCAGAUAUAUUCAGCAGAUGAGAAACGAGCACUUGCCAUGUUUAGUAAGGAAGAAAGACAGAAACGUGAGAACAGAAUCUUAAGUCAGUUUAAAGAAAUGGUCAAUAACAAGUUAGCCAGUGAGAAAGAUAACGGCUAAUUAUGUACGACAAAUAACCUCCUUUAAGCAGGUGCCAUGAGGGGUAUAACAUCUGAUUCUGCACUGAAAUGGAGACACAGCAUCACAUUUUAUUCUGGUGAAGUGCUACAAAAAAAUUUUGUUGCUCUAAGUACUGCAGUUAUCUAUGAAUUCUUUGAUUUUGUGUGCUGCUCCCAGUCCAUGAAACCACCUUUGUAGUGCUUUGCCCUGAAACGUUAAAAAUUGUUUUAUUUGUAACUAUGUAAUUCUAUGUAUGGUUAAUUGUAUGUUACUCUGGAAACAAAAAUAUGGUACCCUAUCAAAAUAUUUUUAUGUUUAUGAGAUACUAAUUAUCGUAUAAUGUGUGUCUGCACUAAGGGUGUACUUUUUGAUGUGAAAGUAUUUCAAGAACUGAAGCUGUAAAUACACUAGAUUAUUUACUUGUAUGCUGUGGUGUUUGAAAUGUGUACAUUAAAUAUAAAAACUGCCUUAUUUACAAAUAAAUUACUGUAUUAUAUGUAA